AUGCGGGACCCGCCCGGCCCCGCGCUGCGGGCGGCGCUGCCGCUGCUCGGAGCCGCCGUGUCCCUCUGCACAGGCCUGCAGUGCGUGUGCCAGCUGUGUGAACACACCAACUUCACGUGCCAGACGGAGGGCGCGUGCUGGGCCUCGGUCAUGCUGACCAACGGGCGCGAGGAGGUGGUCAAGUCCUGCGUGUCCCUCCCCGAGCUGAACGCCCAGGUCUUCUGCCACAGCUCCAAGAACGUCACCAAGACCGAGUGCUGCUACACCGACUUCUGCAACAACAUCACCCUCCGCCUGCCCCUCGCGUCCGAGUCCCCCGGCAGGGCGGGCAGGCCGGCGGUGCUGGCGGUGACGGUGGCGGUGCCGGUGUGUGUGCUGGUGCUGGUGGCGGUGCUGGCCGCCUGCUCCUCCCGGGGCCGCCGGCGCUGUGCCCGCCGCGGCCGCAAAGCGCCCAGCGUGGAGGAUCCCCUGUCUGAGGCCAACCUGGGCAGCUCCGGCAAGACCCUCCGGGACCUCAUCUACGACAUGACGACCUCCGGCUCCGGCUCCGGUUUGCCUCUGCUGGUCCAGAGAACCAUUGCCAGGACGAUUGUCCUGCAGGAAAUUGUGGGAAAAGGCCGCUUUGGCGAAGUGUGGCGCGGGAAAUGGUGCGGGGAGGACGUGGCUGUGAAAAUCUUCUCCUCCAGAGACGAGCGCUCCUGGUUCCGGGAGGCAGAGAUUUACCAGACGGUCAUGCUGAGGCACGAGAACAUCCUGGGCUUCAUCGCUGCCGACAACAAGGAUAACGGCACGUGGACUCAGCUCUGGCUUGUCUCCGAGUACCACGAGCAGGGCUCGCUGUUCGACUACCUCAACAGGGGCACGGUGACGGUGGAGGGCAUGGUCAGGCUGGCGCUGUCGGUGGCCAGUGGCCUGGCCCACCUCCACAUGGAGAUCGUUGGCACACAAGGGAAGCCAGCGAUCGCACACCGAGACCUGAAAUCCAAGAACAUCCUGGUGAAGAGGAACGAGACCUGCGCCAUCGCCGACCUGGGCCUGGCGGUGAAGCACGACUCGGUGCUGAACACCAUCGACAUCCCCCAGAACCCCCGCGUGGGCACCAGGAGGUACAUGGCUCCCGAGAUCCUGGAUGACACCAUGAACAUGAGCAUCUUCGAGUCCUUCAAACGAGCAGACAUUUACUCCCUGGGGCUGGUGUACUGGGAGAUAGCCCGCAGGUGCUCCAUUGGAGGAAUCACCGAGGAAUACCAGUUGCCUUACUAUGAUGUUGUGCCUUCUGAUCCUUCAAUAGAAGACAUGAGAAGGGUUGUCUGUGAGCAGAAGCUCAGACCCAAUAUUCCAAACCAGUGGCAAAGCUGUGAGGCGCUGCGGGUGAUGGGCCGGCUGAUGCGGGAGUGCUGGCACGCCAGCGGCGCCGCGCGCCUCACCGCCCUGCGCGUCAAGAAGACCGUCUCGCAGCUCUGCCUGCAGGAGGACUCCAAAGCCUGACCGGCCUCCCCGCGCCAGGAGGCGGGAAGGGACUCUGCUGUUCAUCUUUCCACGUGUGAUAGUAUUGUCAUUUCUGGUCUACCUCAGGUAACGUGGUUCAGUGUUGCAGUGCCCGCAGCGGAGCACUGGCCUCCGGCGGCGCGUUCGGCCGUGGCGAGAGGCAGCUCGGGACUCAAAGCUCGGGUUUGGUAC